AGCGGGGCCUACUGUGGGCAGCAGCUGCCCCAGCACAGGAGGGACUGAGAACAGAGCCACCACCCCCAGGAGAGACUUUCUGAAUUUGUCACCUUUUUCAGAGCAGUGAAAGAGUGGCAUCAUCGGUGAUUCCAGACACACUCUCGGCUUCCAUGGCACCCCAGGCCCUCAGUCACAUGGAAGGGGAUGUGGUGGAGCUGACCUGCGAGGUGUCCAAGGCCACUGCCCAGCACACCCAUCUCUCCGUUGGCUGGUACCUUCUUCAGGGAGCAGGAGAGCAGCCUGCCAAGGAGAUCCUCACCCUCUCCAAGGACUUCAUCCUGAAGCCAGGGCCCUCUUAUGAGCAGAGGUUCCUGGAGGGGGAUGUGCAGCUGAACAAGGUUGGGAACAGCACGUACAAGCUCGUCAUCAGGGGAGUGAAGCCAUCUGAGCAGGGGCAGCUGUACUGCGAGGCAGCCGAGUGGAUUGAGGAUCCUGACAAGACAUGGAAGGACAUCUCCCGCCACCAAACUCAGAGGACUUGGCUGGCAGUGUUGAGCCGGGGCACAGAGCUCUCCGUGGACCUCACUGCCACUGAACCCUCCCUUUCUGAAGGGGACACCUUGCAGCUCAGCUGUGUGCUGGAAGCCCCAAAGAGCAGCAACUUCAAGGUGCUCUGGCUCCUCAAUGGCACGGAAGUGGCCAGGGUUGAUCCCCACGGGGUGUUGACCUGGGAGGAAGAAUACGAGGAGAGAGCCAGGCUGGGGCAGCUGCGAGCAGUCAAGCCCAGCAACACAGUUUAUGUUUUCACCAUCUCUGAGGUGGGGCUGCAGGACAAGGGCACCUACCAGUGCUCUGUGUCAGAAAUGAAGACUCCUGGAGGCUUGCAGAGCAUCCAGACCGUUGUGUCAUCAGGCAUCCAAGUGGAUGUGAAGCCAGCAGGUUAGUAAAUCCUCACAGCU